GUGAUGAACCCCCAAAAUUUGCAGCUGCACAACUGGUGGAAACUGAGAUGAUUGAGUUUCCUGUAGAUACAGUCCUGACAUAUCAGUGCCGCCAAGGUUAUGUGCCAACAGGAAUAGACAGUCAGAUAAUCUGCAGACAGGAUGGGUUAUGGACUGAUUUAGGGGACAUUUGUAAACCUAAAGACUGCGGUAAUGUACCAGACUUGCCAAAUGGAAAGAUCAGCUAUCCCAGUGGUGUUACGACUUUUGGUUCUGAAGUUCUAAUGUCUUGCAAUGAAGGAUACCGACUAAAUGGGAGAACAAGAAGAAUCUGCUUAUCUAAUGGCUGGGACAACGGAAAUCCCACAUGUACGCCACAUGACUGUGGUCCUUUCCCAAGCUUCACAAAUGGAAUAAUUCAGUAUCCCAACAAAAUCACAACAGUGGGAUCUGAAGUUCACCUAUCCUGUGAAGAAUGGUAAGCUCCAAACUUUAAAACCAAGAAUAAACGGAAUCUGUUUAUUGCUUGUAGCAUUAAGGAGCAGUGAGUGAGUAACUGAGAGAGACUUUUACCUUUUAUUUCUGUUAGCAGUAAAUGUUGAUGCAUUCUCUAAAUGAGGAAUCUAGCUAGCUAGUUUACUAGACAUAGCAUGACAUUAUUAUGUACAUACAUGAUACAGAAUUGUGUUCCUGGCUUAC